GGAAGGACUGAGAACCAUGGAGGACUCCCUGGAUUGGCUGGACCCUCCCAGGAGUACGGGAGGGCUCGCUUCCUGGCGGCGGCGGAGCGACGGCGGCGAUUGGCGGGCCCUCGUUGCAGGAGAGCGUGGAUUGGUCAGGUCCCGAGGAGGGGCGGGGCUGAUAUCCCAGAAGCGGCGGCGGCGGCUGAGGAGCCGGUGUGAGGCGGCAGGACCGGGCUGCAGGCCCUGGCAGGGUGCGGCGAUAUGGAGGUGACGGGGGUGACGGCGCCCACAGUAACGGUUUUCAUCAGCAGCUCCCUAAACAGCUUCCGCUCCGAGAAGCGGUACAGUCGCAGCCUCACCAUCGCGGAGUUCAAGUGUAAACUGGAGCUGGUGGUGGGCAGUCCUGCUUCCUGCAUGGAACUGGAGCUGUAUGGUGCUGACGACAAGUUCUACAGCAAGCUGGAUCAGGAGGAUGCGCUGCUGGGCUCCUACCCUGUAGAUGAUGGCUGCCGCAUCCACGUCAUUGACCACAGUGGUGCCCGCCUUGGGGAGUACGAGGACGUGGCCAGGGUGGAGAAAUACGAGAUCUCACAAGAAGCCUACGACCAGAGGCAAGACACAGUUCGCUCCUUCCUGAAGCGCAGCAAGCUUGGCCGAUACAAUGAAGAGGAGCGGGCGCAGCAGGAGGCCGAGGCCGCCCAGCGCCUGGCGGAGGAGAAGGCCCAAGCCAGCGCCAUCUCCGUGGGCAGCCGCUGCGAGGUGCGGGCGCCUGGGCAGUCCCCUCGCCGGGGCACUGUCAUGUAUGUAGGACUCACAGAUUUCAAGCCUGGCUACUGGAUUGGCGUCCGCUAUGACGAGCCACUGGGGAAGAAUGAUGGCAGUGUAAAUGGGAAACGCUACUUCGAAUGCCAGGCCAAGUACGGCGCCUUCGUCAAGCCGGCAGUUGUGACGGUCGGGGACUUCCCAGAAGAGGACUACGGAUUGGAUGAGAUGUGACACCCAAGGAAUCCACCUGCUCCGGCUCCUAACGCGGCCACUUCCUGCCCCUCCUUACGUGUGCCCACGGCCCUCUUCCCCUGACCUCAUUUUAAUUUUAUUCACCUUUCCCCUGCCAUUGAUUUUUGUGACUCCUGCAUUAAAUUCACCAGAAACC